GUUUAUAAAAUAGUGAGCUAGCUAAGUAUUUGUCACAUUUAUGGUGACACUCUGUCAUUCAGUACAUCCCACAAGUGAUUACUAGUAUUACAAGACAUGAGUUCAUCGCAGGAGUCCUCAUCAGCGGCCAAGACAUCGCUGGAAGUGCCGCCGAGUGAUCAACAAUACGAUCACUUGCUCUUAGAGUUGGAGUCUUCGGACACUAAUACUGUCGCUCAUGUCCUCAGGGCCAUAUAUGAUGGCGAUGAGCACCAGAAGUUUAUGGACAAACUGGACGCUCGGAUCAAAAACCACGACAAAGACAUCGAGCGGAUGUGUAACUGUCACUACCAGGGGUUUGUCGACUGCAUC